GGUGUCCUGAGGCCCACGGUGCGGCCUGGGACUCCCCCCGACUUCAUCCUCAAGGUGGUGAUUGACAAACACCCCGUGAGGUUUUUCGUGCACAAACGGCCCCACGUGGAUUUCUUCCUCGAGGUGGUGAGCCAGUGGUACGAGCUGGUCGUGUUCACGGCCUCCAUGGAGAUUUACGGCUGCGCCGUGGCCGACAAGCUCGACAACAACCGCAGCAUCCUCAACAGGAGAUACUACAGACAGCACUGCACGCUGGAGCUGGGCAGUUACAUCAAGGACCUGUCGGUGGUGCACAGUGACCUGUCCAGCAUCGUCAUCCUGGACAACUCCCCCGGGGCCUACAGGAGCCACCCAGACAACGCCAUCCCCAUCAAGUCAUGGUUCAGUGACCCCGGGGACACGGCCCUGCUCAACCUGCUGCCCAUGCUGGACGCGCUCAGGUUCACGGCCGACGUUCGCUCCGUGCUGAGCCGGAACCUUCACCAGCACCGCCUGUGGUGACCCCGGAGCCGCCGGGACCCCCCGGGACCCCCGGACGGGACCCCCGGACCCCCCUGGGGACAGCACGGGGACCGCCCCUCCCCCACCGCGCCAGCACCGGGGGGACCCCGGGACCCCCCCCCGGGCCGGACUCUGCGCCCCCUCCCCCUCGUUUUUUUGGGGGGGGUUGAAUUUUGGGGGGAGGGGUCUCUGCCCCCCUCCACCCCCCCCCAACGUGCCUGAAUUGGGGGCUUUUUGGGGGGGAGGGGCUUUUGGGGGCCGCCCCUCCCCCUCCCGGACAGACGGACACUUGGGAGCCCCCCCCCGUGUUUUUAAAAGCCCUUGGUCCCACUCGCGGCGUCUCUGUGGUUCCUGUGCCGCCCCCAGACCCAUUCUGGGGGGUCUUUGUGCCGCCCCCAGACCCAUUUGGGGGGGGGCUCUUUGCGCCGUGCCCCCCCCGUUUUCAUCCCACAAUGGUUCCGUCCACCUCA